AUGACACUUUGCAAGUUCAAUAUGGGCUCAUUAGAUACUAGAAUGAAAUUGAAAUUAAUUAAAAAUUCCUAUAAAUUAAACAAAACUAGUGGAAUCAGAGAAGCAGUUAAAAUAAAGGAUAUAACAUAUGGCUAUCAAGAAGAAAGCAUAUAUGAAGUUUUUGAAUUUAAUUUAACUUUCGAUAUUCCGAGAACAAAUUGCUUAUUUGGCUUUAUCAACAAUACAGAAUGCCUUAAUUAUAGCAAGCAUUUCAAAAAACCAGAGCUUAUCCCAAAAUUUGGAGAAAAAAGAUUUAUUGAUAAUGUCAAUAAUUUUUAUGGAAAGAUUGUAAUAUAUAAAGAUGCUUAUGCAACUCACACAGGCGAGUUCGCUAUUAAUAACGUUACUAUUCGGCCUCCAUAUGACACAGGACCUGACUUUAUUCGAGUAUUCGAUGAUGGGCCUGUUGUUUUUGAAUGCGAAAAAGCAUGUAUUUUUGGGCACUUGUUUACUGCCAAUUUGGGUCAUUAUACACAUGAUUAUUUAGCCCCUUUGAUGCUACUUCCUCAAGAUUUUCUAGAUGAUUGCGUCGUAAUUUUUGCAAGACAUCAAGAAAAACUCACCGAAGAAUACAUGAAGAUAAUAGGUAUAUGCCAAUACAUAAUUAUCGAUGAGCUUGAAUGGGUCCAUGCUAAAUAUCUUGCAGUUGCAACAGAAGGAAGACCACACAACUGCCAUUUUGGGGUUCCUAUUUAUCUUUUGUAUCAAAAAGUUAAGGGUUAUUUCCAUUUUGAUGAAAUCAAGCCUACUCAAUAUGUUCUGAUGAACAGAAAACCCAAACGAGCAAGACGUAUAUUGAACUUUAAAAACAUUACAAAAGCAGCUCAAAAAAGAUUUCCUGAAGUCAGUUUUAAGAUAAUUCCAGAUCCAGAAUCAACAAUUCAAGAAUAUGCGAAGAUAUUUUCAUCUAUAAAGUUCUUAUUUACUCCGACAGGAAGUAAUUGCAUCAAAUCAUUGUUUAUGCAUAGAGGAACUGUCAUCGUAAUUGCUAGUGGGGAUAUGUUUGAUUUCUCAAUUGUUUCUUUUAUUGCUUCAAUCGACAUCAAAAUUGUUUAUUUCGUUAAUCCGUUUGAUCAUCGUUAUGCAUUUAAUUGCAGUAUUGAUAUGGCAAUUGAUGCUAUGAAGGCAGGCUUAUACUAUUCAAAGAAUGGAAAGUGGCCAAAACCACAGAAAAAUGUAACUUUUAUUGAUUAUAUUAGAUAG